AUGGAUGCCAAGCCGCUGAUUUAUAUCAUGCAUGGGGCGUGGCAUAGUCCUCAGUAUUUCGAGGUCGCAAAGGAACGGCUUGAGGCUUUGAAUCAUACAGUCAUCUGUCCCAAGCAACCAUCGACCGGUGCGAUUCCCCCAGUGGCGACUUUGUAUGAUGAUGCCGUCCAGGUUCGAGCCGAGUUAGACCUUUAGGUUGAGGAUAGAUCAAAGGUAUUUGUUGUGAUGCAUUCCUACGGAGGUCUGGUCGGAUCAGAGGCCGCGGCUGGUCUGGGUCGGGCUGAGAGAUCAAAGUAUGGCCUGCAGGGUGGAGUCAUCGGUCUCAUGUAUGUCUGCGCAUUCAUCUUGCCGCUGGGACAUCAUUUGUGCACUGCCCUUGGGGGAGAACUGGCGCCGUUUAUCAAAGCAGAGACCGACGGAAGUUGCAACCCGAACAAUCCAGAGCAUGACUUCUACAACGAUUUAUCCCCCUCCGAGCAAACAUUCUGGGCUUUGAAAUUGCAACAUCACACCGUAAUUGCUCAGAAGACCCCUUUGACAAAAAGAGCCUAUACUGAGAUCACUGUCAGCUCCUUGUAUUGUGAGAAUGACCAGGCGCUUCCUCUUUGGCUUCAGGAAGCCAUGGUGAAAUAGUCUGGAUCGAGAGUGCAAGACUGAGAUGUACGGCAGGACACCCACCGUUUCUCAGUCAGCCAUGCAUCUUUGUGGAAAGAAUUGUGGAGGCUGUCAGAGUGGCCUCGAGU